AGCAACACGGAGCCGGCGGCCGGGUUGAUUCCCCUGCGUCGGGCUCUCGCCGGGGGGGGGAGGGGCGCUGCCCGCUUGAUUCGGUCGCGUCCGACUCCCGAUUGAUUCGCCCGCUCGCUCCGCGCGUCUGUCUCCAGCUCAGAUCGAUGUAACACCUAGGUGCCCUAGUCACGGACCAGGAUCCCAAUGUGCUAGGUGACAUACAAACACAGGACAGAAAGACAGUCCCUGUUGCAAAGAGCUUUCAAUUAUGUGGAUCCCUCCCGGCCCAGGGAGCGGCCGGCCACCUUCAUCCGCACCGGGCACCCCUUGGCACUCAUCCCCACUCGCGCCAAGCUGUGGCAGCUGCGCUUGAAAACCCGGCUGCUCCGGGGCGACUUGCGGAUUUUGGAUCCCAGCGUGGAAGACUCGGGCGUGUACACCUGCCGCCGAGGCGAUGCCAUGCUGGCCUACUACGAGGUGGAUUUCCAAGAUGCCGGGCGCCUCCACAUCAGCCACGCCAGCCUGGGAGAGGCUGCCCUGGCUAACACCACCGUGGAGCUGGCCGGCGGGGCACAGGGGCAGCUGUUCACCGCCUGGGCGCGCUGGCAGCCCUGCGACCGCUGUGGCGGCCCCGGCGAGAGGAAGCGGGUGGGGUUCUGCUACGCCCGGCUGGCGUCGCGCCCCCAGGGGCCCCUGCCAUGCGGGCUGGCUGGGCGAGGGCUGCCCCAGCGGGGGCCGGAGCUGCGGGUGGAGAGCUGUGAGGUGCCAUGUGACAGGGCCUACACCCCCAGCCGGGAUGAAUGGGGCAAGGCCCCCCUCCUUGUCAUCACCCACUACCAAGCCCUGCCCCACACCAGCGCCAGGCUGAGGUGCCCAACGGCCUCCAUAUACAGCCCCGUGUACUGGCAGGAAGGCCCCACCGCCCUGACCUGGCUGGACCUUCAUCAACGCAACGGCUCCAUCGGCCUGGACAAGGCGACCGGCGGCGGGACCCUGCUGCUUUCCUCCUGGAAUGGCACCGAUGCCGGCUAUUACCAGUGCUACGUGGGGGGCCGGCUGGUGGGCCGGUUCCUGGUCACCCCGCCUAGGGUGCUGGCCCCCGCCCCGGAGCUGACCCGCGCCUACUCGGCCAUCGAGUCCCUGGUGGUGGGGCUGGCCAUCUUCCUCAUCUUCCUCCUCUUCCUCAGCAUCCUGCAAUCCUGCCGCAGGAAGCCAGGAGCCAUCAUGGCUUGAGGGGGCUGCAGCUGACAUCGGCUCGAGGGGCUGGGGAAUAAACAUAUUGACCAGCAGCUUGGCUAGGUGUGCACUAGGGGGCGCUGUGCUGCAGGGAGCGGGAUGGGGUGGGGGUGCUCUCCCCUGGCAAUCAGGGCUGUCCCCAAUGCCCUAGGGGGCGCUAUGCUGCAGGGAGCGGGACAGGAUGGGGGUGCUCGCCCCUGGCAGUCAGGGCUGGCCCCAAUGCCCGGACAUAACGCUAGGGGGCGCUGUGCUGCAGGAAUUUGCAGCCCUGAUUUUAUUUGCAUGCCAAGCCUAGGUGCUUACCCCAGUCAGCAGAGGGCGGUAAAACGCCAGUGUUCAGAUACAGAUGCCCCAGACACCUUUAAAGUGCCACCACGAGGUAGGCCCCCCACCUGGUCAGUAGGGGUCACUGUUCCCAGAGACUUACCAGCCUCUCCUUGCUCCAUGGGCACAGCAUGAUGGUGUGGGAUUGUCUGCAGUCAGCUCCCUGCCUCUGUUCCUCUCCGUAGGCCACUUAUCAGCUGUGUAACCCACUCUGCACUGGACCAAAGUAAUGGGCCCAUCUACCCCGGUAUCCCUCCUUGCCAUACUGCCCCACGGCGAGAGGUCCAUUUAGCCCAGGCCUUGGUUAAGGAGCAGAACUAGGAAUAGAACCCGGGAGUCUUGGCUCCCAGCCACCCUCCCCCUGCCUCUAUCCACUAAACCCUACUCUUCUCACAGCUCUGGGGCUACAGUCCAGGAGUCCUGACUCACCGCUUUCCUGACUCCCACCACUAGACCCCACUCCCCUCCCAG